AUGGGCGAGCUCGACGACUUCAUGGACCAGGCAGGGGGCCGUCCGUCUGCUUCAGACACUCCAUCUGCUACAGAUCCCUCCGCGACCGAAAACACCAAGAAGCGCAAGAACGCGAAGGAGCCUGAGACCAACAAGAAGCCCAAGGUUAUGGAGAACAAGGCUAUUUGGAUCUCCAACCUGCCUCUUGAUACCACGAAGAAGGAGCUCGAGGACGAGUGCUCGAGGUACGGCAUCAUUGACAAGGGCGCCAACGGCGAGCCGCGCAUCUACAUGUACGAAACCGACGGCGUCUUCAAUGGUACUGCCAUGGUUGUAUACUUCAAGAAAGAGGCAAUUGCCAAUGCGAUCAGGCUGAUGGACGACUUCCCUCUCCGCCCAGGUGACAACUCCAACGGCAACAUCCACGUCGAGGCAGCUAAGAUUGAGCACAAGAAAGAGAGAGACGGCGAGAAGAUCGCAUCCAAGCUUACACGCAAGGAUAGGAAAGCGUCUGAGCGCAAUCGCGCUGAGCUAAACCAGAAGCUCAACGAGUGGUCCGACAACGAAGACUACGUCGCCGAGACCUUGGCGCCCAAAAAGAACAAAUGGGCUAAAGUCGUCAUCAUCAGGAACAUAUUUGAUUUGGAGCAGCUCGAAGAGGACGCGGGCGCAUAUCUGGAGAUCAAGGAAGACAUGCGCGAGGCAGCGGAGCAGUACGGUGAGGUCACCAACUGCACUCUAUACGACAGAGAGCCCGAGGGUGUCGUCACAGUCCGCUUCCGCGAGUUUGAGCCUGCUGAGAAUUUCGUUGCCGGCUUCCAGGGCAGGAGAUAUAACCACCGUGGUCUCCAACUUUCGCUCGCAGAAGACAAGCCAAAGUUCAAGAAGUCUGGCCGUUCCGAUACACCAGACAGUGACGAUGAGGCUCCAGCGACGGCGGCCAAAGCCAAAGCCUAA